AUGGCUAAAACUUCGCUAUUCCCAAUAAAGACUAAUCUAAAGGAGUUCCUUCAGCCGCUCCGGGUCGAACUUGAGACCUUGUAUGAGUUAUCUUGUCGGCUAUCGUCGUCAUAUAAAAAGUUAGCCGCGGAAUCUACAGAACACUUUAUUCCAUCAGCGCUUACCCGUCUUCCGACGGGCCAUGAAACCGGACGAUAUCUUGGCGUCUAUUUCGGUCUGUCAUACCUUCGGGUGGCCUUCAUCGACCUCUUAGGAGAUCAACAUGUCGAAGGACAUCCACGGGUGCGGCGCACAUUAGAGAAGGCAUGGCCUAUUGAAGAUCAUAUACGAAAGGAUCAUUGUGUUGACCUCUUUACAUGGAUUGGAGACUGUAUUGCCGAGGUGGUGGCAGACAGACUGGCCAACCCAAGUGAAGAGCGGAUUGAUCAAAUAACGACAGGCAUUUCCUUCUGUCUUCCUAUAAAACAAGAUUCUCUUGAUGAGGCUAUCUUGAUGCCAACAGGGAAAGGCUUCUCUCUAAGCUCAGACCUCAAUCUCCGCCAAGCCUUGCUGAAUGGAUAUGAACGUCACACAUAUUCAACUCAUGGAGAUGAAAUGAACAUGCCUGCUAAACGCCGCAGGCUAUUUUCUCUUCCUAAACUGAAAAUCGCUGUCAUGAUCAACGACACGACAGCGACACUUGCUUCAUUGGCGUACUCUAUCCCUUCUUUGCCGAACACUCGUGUUGUUAUGGGUCUGAUCGUGGGCGCGGGAUGCAACACGACUGUUCCCAUGAAACUUGCCAAUUUGCAUGAAUCCAAAACUAAAAGCAUUCUUGAAAAACACCCCGAUGCACAGGAAACACUCAUCUCGACUGAAUGGACUCUCUCCACGGCGGCGGCUUCUUUCGAUGAGCUUGGCAUUCGAACAAAAUGGGACCUUGGACUGGAUAAAAACUGCAAAAGACCUGGUUUCCAGCCAAUGGAAUAUAUGAUCGGCGGUGGAUACACUGGCGAGCUCGUCCGCAUCGUCUGUUAUGAUUGGUUUCACGGAGUUUUGGGAAUAGAACGCUCUAAGUUACCGCUGAAGUUGGUUGAAGAGUAUUCUCUUUCAACAGAAUACCUUUCUCUGGUUGUUGCUUCUUCUCUGUCUGAUGAGCGCUUAGCAAGCGCGUUGUCCAAAUCACUUCAACCAUCUCCUGAGAGUGAUUGGAUCUGGUCGCCUGAAUACGCCCGUGAUAUUCGGGCCAUUGCCUCGGCUGUGCAGGAUCGAGCGGCUUCGUUGGUGGCAUCUGCGGUUGUUGGUCUCCUAGGUUGCACCAAUGAAGUCCAAUUGUGCAACACGGCGACCAAGUGUACAAAUGAAGAACAAGUCAAAUCGGAAGCUGAAGUUACUGGACAAACGGACUCCUCGUCAUCAACGCCAGGUUGGAAUAGCGGGCCCGAGGAGCUCGCCGUCGCCUUCUCGGGUGGAGUGAUUCAACACUAUCCUCACUAUAAAGAAACUGUACAGAGAUAUAUUGAUCGACUGCUACUACGAGCUGGUCCUCAGGCAGGCGGAAAGAGCGUCUUCUUGCGGGAAGCCAGUGAUGGUGGGAUCAUUGGAACUGGUGUCCUUGCGGGAACGACGUCAGGGGAAAUCGGGGAAAUCAAGGCCACUAACAAUUAG